AUGUCAGACGUGGGAGAGUGAGGGUACGCGCGUCCGUUCAUCCGCUGUCCGUAGCCUCUGUGGGUGUCCGUAGCGCCUAGGUCCGUGUCCGUGGGGGCGUGUGGAGUGCCCUAGUGUCCGCAGCGGGCGUGGGCGUGGGUGUGCGAGGCGCGGCAAGGCGUGGGAGGCGUUCCAGGGGCGGCAUUACCUGAUCACAACAUGGAAGAAGCGCUCAAGAAGGAAGAGAAGGGAUGCCUGAGGAGGAGGAGGUGAGGAGGGGAAGAAGAGGAAGAAGAGGAAGAGGAAGAGAAUGAAAAAGUCGCGCGGGUUUCCUCUUACGAUGAACUACUUUGGAGGAGGAGGAGGAGGAGGAGGAGGAGGAGGAAGAGAAGUAGGCGAUGGAAGAGAAGAUACAGGGAAACAGAGAGAGGAAAGAGAGAGAGGAGAAAGAGAGGAAGGCGAUGGAAGAGGGCGAGAGAGAGGUGGAGGAGGAGGGAGAGAUAGAGAGAGAGAUCCCACCACUACCACCACAACCACCACCAGCACCUCCAAUCCACCACCACCUCCAUUUAGACGCUAUAGUGAAAGCCUCGACUACCAUAACUACCCGACUGCGCAGAGGAACUAUCCCAUGACAGGCGCAAACGUUGGUGUCAGAGAACUGCGCUCGGAAAUGCGAAAGAGCGCAGACGAAGCCACGCUAUUCGCUAACAAGGGCUCAGAAUAUCGCGGUGAGGUCCCUGGGUUCCGUGACGGCGCGGGGUACCGGAAUGAAGGGCCGCGGUACCGGAACGAGGUGCCGGAAUCGCGAAACGAGAACCAAAGUACCUAUCGGACCCAGGACCCAAAUUACCGGAACCAGGACCCAAAUUACCGGAACCAGGACCCAAAUUACCGGAACCAGGACCCAAAUUAUCGGAACCAGGACCCAAAUUACCGGAACCAGGACCCAAAUUACCGGAACCAGGACCCAAAUUACCGGAACCAGGCCCCAGGGUACCAAAACAACCCCCCAAGCUAUCGGAACGAUCCUCCUAGCUACCGGCACGACCCUCCAAGCUACAGAAACGACCCUCCAAGCUACAGAAAUGACCCCCCGAGCUACAGGAACGACCCUCCAAGCUACAGGAACGACCCCCCGAGUUACCGGCACCAGGACCGGGAGAUUGACGGUUCCAGAGGGUACCCGGACGAGAGAGGGGGCCUUGAGAAUGGGUACCGGCCACAACGGGACUACGGGAGCCUAUCGCGUCACCCUCCCCCCUCCUAUAACACCCAUUACACACCCUCGGGGGAGUACAACACCACCCCGAGACCCGAGUACCGACCAGGGGGGAAUGAGGACCAUGGUACCGAUACUGGCCAUGGUACCGAUACGAAUUCUGGUACCGGUAAAUUUCAGGCACGGAACCGAUACUAUAAAACCGCUGAGGACUACCACCAUGAUUAUAGAGGGGGGUAUAGGCCUAGCCCCUUCGAUACGGACGGGUACACUACGGAUGGGAGCGGGUCUGGGUACCGGGAUGGGUCUGUUGGGAGUGCCCGAGGGUUCGAGAAUUAUCGGUACCCGGAAAGUGAGUCCCUCCUCCCUGGCCGACGACCCGAUGGUGCCGCCAACGCCUACCCGAGAGGUAAGAGACGUCAGGAGGAGAUUGAUUGCACAAGCCUCAGCCAAAAGGGCGAAGGAGGAGGAGGAGGAGGAGGAGGGGGCGAGAGACAGCCCUUCCUCGGGGGGGGCGGCGGGGGGGUCGAGCCUGUCCGGUUGACCCCCUCGUGGGAGAACAGCAACCUACCGAAGGAGGAACUCAACUUUAGAAGCGUCAACACCUAUGAAGCCUUCGAGGUGGGACUUGACCCCCCCAAAGACAGAUACAAGUUGGUCUUCCUUACCCUGGUCCUCCAUGGCGUGGGAACCCUCAUGCCCUGGAAUAUGUUCAUUACGGCCAAGAACUACUUCGUGGAGUACAAGCUCAACACUGACGACGAGGAGCUCUCCGGGUACUCCACCAAUUUCCUGCCCUACAUUGGGUACGCCGCCCAGGUCCCCAACGUGCUUUUCAACUGGCUCAACAUAUUCGUGCAAAUGGGCGGCAACCUGACCACCCGAAUCGUGUGGAGCAUCCUGGUGGAGGUGGUGGUGUUCGUCAUCACGGUGGUUCUGGCCAUGGUGGACUCAGCGGACUGGCCGGGCGCCUUCUUCUGGGUGACCAUGGCCUCGGUGGUGGUCCUGAACGUGGCUAAUGGUAUCUACCAGAACACAGUCUACGGCAUGGCGGCGCGUCUACCGUUCUCCUACACUGGUGCCGUUGUGCUGGGCUCGAACAUCAGCGGCACCUUCACAGCAGUCAUCAACAUCAUGGCCAUUGCGGUCGCCCCCAACGUGCGGACCUCGGCCAUCUACUACUUCAUCACGGCGCUGUUCGUCCUGCUGGCCUGCUUCGACACAUACUUUGCCCUGCCCCUGAACCGGUUCUUCCGUUACCAUGAGGCAGUGCAUGAGAGGACCCAGCGCGCCGCCAAGCGUGACCCCAGCAUGCCGCGGGUUCCCUACUGGCACAUCUUCAAGUCAGCCUUCCCCCAGCUGUUCAACGUGUUCAUGGUGUUCUUCGUGACCCUGGCCGUGUUCCCCGCUGUGCUGGCUGACACAUGCCGCACAGAGGAGAAUUUCCCGAUCACUCCCAAGUACUUCCAGGCAGUGACUUGCUUCCUAACAUUCAACGUGUUCGCCAUGCUGGGAAAUAUGCUCCCCGGACUGGUCACUUGGCCUGGCCCGAGGUUCCUGUGCGUUCCUGUUCUGCUCCGUAUUUUCUUCAUCCCUGCGUUCGUACUCUGCCAUUUCUACCCCGUAAAAGUAGAGCGCAUCAUGCCAGUCCUCAUAGACUCGGACUGGGCGUUCUGGGGGCUGGCCGUGGCGCUGGGAAUCACCUCAGGGUACUACAGCUCCCUGGCCAUGAUGUACUGCCCCAGGACGGUUGAGCCGGAGUACGCCCCGGUAGCCGGCAUGAUGGGCGCCGCGUCCCUCAUCACUGGCAUCUUCACCGGCAUAGUGUUCCAGAUCGUGUGUACGCUGGCGGUCACCAACAUCACCUUUGAGAUCCCCGGGUACACCUUCCCCUUCAGGAACUGCACCGAUCGCCUGCCCCCCGCCACCUAGGGCAUGGGGGGGAGGGGGAGUGAUGGGGACUGAGGUGGUCUUUGUAUAGAAUUUGAACCCAUAUCCUGAUACUUGAUCCCUUCUUGUGGUAUCCGAUCCCCUUGUCAACUCUCUGUGAACCCAUUUCUGCCUAUCACUAAGGAAAUGGGGGUUUAAAAUGGAGUUUGUAUAGCAUCUGAACCCAUUUCCUGAUACUUGAUCCCUUCUUGUGGUAUCCGAUCCCCUUGUCAACUCUCUGUGAACCCAUUUUUCUGCCUAUCACCUGAGGAAAUGGGGGUUUAUGAUGGAGUUUGUAUAGCAUCUGAACCCAUUUCCUGAUACUUGAUCCCUUCUUGUGGUAUCCGAUCCCCUUGUCAACUCUCUGUGAACCCAUUACUGCCUAUCACCAAAGAAAUGGGGGUGAGAAAUGGGGGUUUAUGAUGGAGUUUGUAUAGCAUCCAAACCCAUUUCCUUACUAUCCAAUCCCUUCUCAUGGUAUCCGAUCCCCUUGUCAACUCUCUGUGAACCCAUUACUGCCUAUCACCAAAGAAAUGGGGGUGAGAAAUGGGGGUUUAUGAUGGAGUUUGUAUAGCAUCUGAACCCAUUUCCUGAUACUUGAUCCCUUCUUGUGGUAUCAGAACCCUUUUGUCAACUCUCUGUGAACCCAUUUCUGCCUAUCACCUGAGGAAAUGGGUGAGGAAAUGGGGGUUCAAGAUGGAGUUUGUAUAGCAUCCAAACCCAUUUCCUAACUAUCCAAUCCCUUUCUGUAUUGUCUGUGAACCUAUUUCCUUGGUAUUUGAAUCUGUUUUCCAGCUCCCAUUACCACCAAGGGGAAUGGGUGAGGAAAUGGGGAUCAAGAUGGGGUUUUGUAUAGGAUUUGAACCCAUUUCCUUGCUAUCUGAACCCAUUUCCUUAGUCUUCAAUCCCCUAUAUAGUGUCUGUUUCCCAUUUCCAUAUCCCAUCACCACCAAAGGAAAUGGGGGAGAAAUGGGGAUCAAGAUGGGGUUUUGUAAAGGAUUUGAACCCAUUUCCUUAGUAUCUGAACCCUUUCCCUUCCUCCUCCUCCUCCUCCUUCUCCUUUUCUUCUUCCUCCUCUCCCUUCUCUUCCCUUCCUUCUCUUCCCUUCCCUUCCCUUACCUUCCCUUCCCUUUCCUCCCCUUCCCUUCUCUUCCCUUCCCUUCCCUUCCCUUCCCUAUACUGGCUAAGGGCUAAUAUUUAAAUGGGGAAAUAUAUGGGUAAGAUUUUUCCCUAAUUUCCCUUCCCAAUUUUUGCCCCAGAGAGAGAGAGAGAGAGAGAGAGAGAGAGAGAGAGAGAAUAUCAGUGAUGUGACAAUCUUCGUUUUUUGGGGAAACUGAAAGAAAAUAAUAAAAAAAAUAAAGAAAAUAUUUUUAUCGUAAACUUUAAAAAAAUGUGAAAAAAUGAUCUUGAUUUUAUUUAUUUAUUAUUAUUAUUAUUAUUAUUAUUAUUAUUAUUAUUAUUAUUAUUAUUAUUAUUAUUAUUAUAUAUUUUUUUCAUGUACGCUAAAAGUCAUUCUAUUCAUGUACGCAUUUUAAAGGGAAAUUUCAUGUGCGUUUUUAGCUUGUGUGCGUUUCAAAUCGUUGUGUGCGUAAAAUUACAUAAAAGUUCGUGUGCGUAUUUAUAUCCCUGUGUGCGUAUAGAAUUUUUUAUGUGCGUUUUGAGUUCUUAUGUACGUAUUUGAAUUUUUGUGUGCGUAUUUAAAUUCAUGUGCGUUUUGAAUUUUAUGUGCAUAUACAAUUUUUUAUGUGCAUUUUAAAUUAUUAUGUGCGUUUUAAAUUUUUUAUGUGCGUAUUUAAAUUUUCAUGUGCGUUUUUGAAUUCCUGUGUGCGUAUUUAAAUUUUCAUGUGCGUUUAAGAUUACCAAGCAUGUGCGUUUUAAGACUUAUGUACGCUUUAUAAAAUUCAAUGUGCGGCUAAGGUUUGGGGCUGUGUGCGUGUAAAAUACAGUCAUGUGUACGUUUUUUAGCCUUACAGGGGCCAUGUAGACAUAAACAUACAUACAUACAUACAUAAUCAAGUCGUGUGCGUCUCGUCGUGUGUACCUAAUCGUCAUGUACGUUUUCGAUGCCCAUGUACGCGUUUUGGAAUCAUGUGCGUAUCUAUUCCGAGGUCAUGUACGCAUUCUCUGGGCCAUGUACGUAUUCUUAUCGCCCGUGUGCACAUAAAUAGGGUCUAUGUGUACCAAUUCCAGAGCCGUGUACGCAAGCUAUAGGCCUCAUGUGCGUUUUAAUAACCCAUACACACACACACACACACACAGCAAGUAUAUAUGUGCGCGUGUGUGUGUAUGUGUGCGUGUAAUCGGAACCUCGUGUGUACAAAAUCCAUGUGCGUGUGAGUGUGUGUGUGUGUGUACGUAACUCCUCUCUGGGCAAUGUGUAUGUGUGUGUGUGUGCGUUUGUGUGUACGUAAGGAAGGGAGAGGGGGGGAGGGAGGGGGAAGGGGGGGGGGCCAUACCAAAACAAAAACAAAUCAUUUAGUAUAUAAACAACUACUACUACUACUACUACUACUACUGCUACUACUGUUACUACUACCACGAAUAUUACAAGAAGAAAACCUUUUUUGUACUAAUAAAAUACAAUGAACUUAGUCGAGAGUUGAAA